CCAUAUCAUUCAACUGCCAAAACUCUUAUUUGCCUCCUUCCCAAAAUUACAUGCAACCGCCUCUUGGUUUUCACAAACAAAACCUUAACGAAAAACAAUGCAAAAUCCUUUUGCUAUUGCCGAGGAGCACAUAUUUUCAUUGUCCAUUUCUUUAGCACAUGAUAUGUUUGAAAAAUUGCAUGGAAGAAGAAUAUAUUAACAGAAUCAGGAUUGAGGAGAAGUAAGUUCGUGCACAUAUAUCUGAAAGUUUUUCAAAGGAAGAAGAAAAUGGGAGGUGGUGGUGGAGGGAAGGGGUCAAGAGAGCUUGACCAGACACCAACAUGGGCUGUUGCAAUAGUUUGUUUGGUCAUUGUAGUUAUUUCCUUAAUGCUGGAAAAAAUGCUUCACAAAAUUGGAUCGACAUUUGAGAGAAAACGAAAAAAAGCGUUGUAUGAAGCUCUGGAGAAGAUUAAAGGAGAGCUCAUGGUUUUGGGGUUUAUUUCCCUGCUGCUAACAUUUGGGCAAAACUACAUUGCUAAGAUAUGUAUCCCUGUAGAAGUUGGUAACACUAUGCUUCCGUGCCCAGCCAAACAUGAGGAACAAGAUGAAAAAGGAGGGGAACAUCACCGGAGGCUUCUAUGGAAUGGGCGUAGAUUUUUAUCAUCUGAUAGUGCACCCGGGGAGUGCAAGGAUGGACAUGUACCAUUAAUUUCUCUUAAUGGUUUGCACCAACUACACAUCUUCAUUUUCUUCUUAGCUGUGUUUCAUGUCAUCUAUGGUGCUAUAACAAUGAUGCUUGGAAGAAUGAAGAUCCGGGGAUGGAAGGAAUGGGAACAAGCAAUUUCUCAAGAUGAAGCAGCUAACGAUCCUUCAAGGUUCAGACUUACAAAGGAAACUUCUUUUGUAAAAGAAAACACUAGUUUCAUGACUCAAACACCGAUUCUUUUCUACUCUGCUUGCUUCUUCCGGCAAUUUUUUAGGUCUGUUCGUAGAGCUGACUACUUCGCUAUGCGGCACGGUUUCAUUUCAGUCCAUUUAGCUCCAGGAAGUAAGUUUGACUUUCAAAAGUACAUUAAAAGAUCAUUGGAAGAUGACUUCAAGGUUGUUGUUGGAAUUAAUUUGGUGUUAUGGAUGUCAGCAGUUCUCUAUCUUCUACUGAAUGUGAGCGGAUGGCAGACUAUGUUUUGGCUUUCCAUAAUGCCUUUAGUUACAAUAUUAGCGGUUGGGACAAAGCUUCAAGCAAUAAUAGCUCAAAUGGCUAUUGAAAUCCAAGAAAGGCAUGCUGUAGUCCAAGGCAUACCUCUUGUACAAGUGUCAGACAGAAAUUUUUGGUUUAGCAAGCCAAAGUUGGUCCUUCAUCUUAUCCAUCUCACACUCUUCCAGAAUGCAUUUGAGAUAACAUAUUUCGUGUGGAUAUCUUAUGAGUUUGGGUUGCAUUCUUGUUUCCACAGUAACUUCUAUCUUGCUGUUCUGAGGGUUUGCCUCGGGCUUGGAGUACAAUUCUUGUGCAGCUACAUCACACUUCCAUUGUAUGCACUUGUGACCCAGCAGUCAAUCCAUGCAAUUUUGGACGCGAUUUUCACUAUGGGUCAUCCGAAAACCGUCUCUCUGUGCUCUAGUACAGGGAUGGGAUCAACCAUGAAGAGGUCUAUAUUCGAUGAACAAACUUCAAAAGCACUAAUGAACUGGCAUAAAAAGGCUAAACAACAUAAGAAUGUGGUGAAGCCUGGAGGAGGUAUGAAAUCAACAACCUUGGGAGGUAGUCCAAACGAGUCACCCGACAAUUCUCCGAUGCACCCAUCGAGUGCUAUGCAACCUCAUCAUGACAUGGCUAACCAAAACUCAGGAACAUCUGGACAAAUGGCUAACAUCAUUGCCACUGUGGAUAUUCCAUUGGACAGUCCUCCGGCUAAUGAUGAUGGCAAGUCUCACAUGACUGACCUUCUGACAGGUCCAUGAUUGGUUCGAAAGUAUAGCGUACCAGUUAUCCUAAAACCUUAGAAUGGUCCAUGGAUCCAAUCCUAACUUUAGAUGCAUCAUCAUUUAGAAAAUAGUUAGGCUUAGUUUCAUUCACUUUCCAAAUAUGGUACAUAUAUACAUAUAAUAUACAAACAUUCUUGAUGUACACACCCUUGUACACACCUUAUACACACCAUGUGUGUGAAGCUUUUUUUUUUGUCUGUGAAUCCCGUUCACAGACAAUAUUUUGUUUGUGCAAAACAUUGUCUGUGAAUCGAUGUUCACAGACAAAAAACAAGUUUUCACAGACAUAAGUGUGUACAAAAGUGUGUAUGAGAGUGUGUACAAACAUCAUUUUUGUAUAACAUAUACAUGGGUAGAUAGUGCAUAGGUCACUAAAUUCAUUUGCAGUCUAGUUGUAGAUAUCACUAUAUACUAAUCUUUUGUAUAAAAAGUAUUUAUGGAUUUUUUUAAGAGCAUAAUGUGAAUUCAAAAAAGAAUUCGGCUUGUUGCACUUAUAUAAUUG